AUGGCACCAGGGAAUUACAUUUUAUUGGCUGAGAUGUGUAUUCUCUACCUGUACAUAAUUGUAGAGCAAAGGUUAGUGGAGGCAAAAGCCGAUGCAGAGCAUCCCGCGUGUAUGGCAACAUUGUAUGGUAAGUUAAAUAACCGAGACAGAAACACGCAUUCCUCGGGAAUUUUCCACAGCCGUGCUCUGGACAUUCUCUCUGGUCCUAGGAGAGACGUGGACGGCCCUGCGGCAAUGGGGGGUGAGAAAGGCAUGACACGGGUGCUGCUGGAAUGCAGUCUCACCGACAAGCUGUGUGUCAUCGAGGAGAAGCAGUACGAAGUGAUUAUUGUUCCAGCUCUCCUGGUUGGCACCUUCCUUAUCCUACUGGGCGUCAUCCUGUGGCUUUUUAUCAGAGAACAAAGAGCCCAACAGCAGCGUCCUGGACUCCGAGGCACUGCCCCUAUACCUCCAUCUAGGGGCCUAAGCUGGGAAGCAGCAGGACAUGGAGGAAAUGUGGUUGUGCCACUUAAGGAGACAUCAGUGGAAAGCUUUCUACAAGCUAUCACACCUGCCCUGGCUAAGCUGCAGGUGCCCCGGGAACAACUCUCUGAAGUUCUGGAGCAGAUCUACAACGGGAGCUGUGGGGCCAUCUAUCGAGCCAAAAUGAACACUGGGGACUCUGCUAAGCCAAAGAGUGUUGUCCUCAAGGCUUUAAAAGAACCAGCUGAGCUCCAUGAGGUGCAGGAUUUCUUAGGGCGAAUCCAAUUUUAUCAGUACCUGGGGAAACACAAGAACCUGGUGCAGCUGGAAGGCUGCUGCACAGAAAGGCUGCCACUCUACAUGGUGUUGGAAGAUGUGGCCCAGGGGGACCUGCUCAGCUUUCUCUGGACCUGUCGCCGGGAUGUGAUGACCAUGGAUGGUCUUCUCUAUGAUCUCACAGAAAAACAAGUAUAUCACAUUGGAAAGCAGGUCCUCUUGGCUCUGGAAUUUCUACAAGAUAAGCAUCUAUUUCACGGGGAUGUGGCAGCCAGGAACAUCCUAAUCCAAAGUGAUCUUACUGCUAAGCUCUGUGGACUGGGCCUGGCUUAUGAAGUCCAUGCCCGAGGGGCCAUCUCCUCUACAGAAACCAUACCUCUCAAGUGGCUUGCCCCAGAACGGCUUCUCCUGAGACCUGCUGGCAUCAGAGGAGAUGUUAUCCUACAGCAUCUCCAGAGAAGGAAAAUCAUGAAGAGACCCAGUAGCUGCACGCACACCAUGUAUGGUAUUAUGAAGUCCUGCUGGCGCUGGAGUGAGGACAGCCGCCCCUCACCUAGAGAGCUACACUUGCGCCUAGAAGAUGCCACUACAACUGCAGAUGACAAGGCUGUGUUGCAAGUACCAGAGUUAGUGGUUCCUGAACUGUACGCAGCUGUGGCUGGCAUCCGAGUAGAGAGCCUCUCCUACAGCUACAGCAUCCUUUGA